AUGGCUCUGAAACUAUUUCAGAGGUUUCCUCUGCUUGGCCAGUUCAGGAUUCGUUAUGUUGGACCUUUUUGUCCCAUGAGACUCGUCACCAGCAGUCCGGGCCACUCCUCGUGUGUGGCUUGCCUGUGCACUUCAGCCAGACGGUGUAUCCAGAGACACGGCUGCAGGAAGCUCCAACAGGACUGCGGAGCCAUUCAGAACACAAUAAGGGAACCCUCGAUCUUCCCCAGCAGCUCUGUAGGACUCCACGGAUACUCAGCCCCUCGGUUCUGUUUGACCCAGCUGCACCAGCCCUCAGCUGCUGAUGAGCAGGGUUUCCAGCAGGGUCUGCAGGCAUGUUCCUCCUCGAGGCAGGUCUUCAAACUGCUGGGCUCAGUGGAGAUCAUAUCAGACACCAUGGCUGUUGCAGCUCUUCACCGUGUAGCCGACAUGGAGCAGGCUGGCACUGCUCUGAGAGAUCCAACAGUGCUGGAAAACGACACUAUCCGUGCCUUGUGCUUCCAGUUAGAGCAGGACACUGAGAGGCUCACUGACGCUGGGUUGGUGUCAGCUCUUUUAGCCUGCACACGCCUCUUCUUGGAUCCAUGGAGCACACUAAUAAUGCGGCUGGUGUCAGAAAGCCAGGACCGGUUGGACAGGGGGCUGAUGACUGUUGGACAGCUGUGCACCCUGGGCCAGGUGAUGCUGGCCAUGGAAGGUCCAGGCUCUUCGGUGCUGGAGCAGGCGAUAAAGCAAAUUCAGAAGCAGGAGCCUGCCCAGUGGAGUCUUCCAGAACUUGUUUCUGUUUAUAAGCUUUUGCAAGGCUGUGUGGGUGAAGAAGGAAAAUACAGAGACUUAUUGAACGCCAUGCACGCCCACGCUGUAACAGUCACCUCCCGAAUGGAUCCCUCUGCUGUCAGUGGGAUAGUAAGUUCUCUCAUUACCCUGAAUCAGAUUCAAGCCGUGCCUCUUGUAAUCGGUUUGUGUAAGCAAGCUGUUCGACAUGUACCUCACUUCAGCGAUCAGGAGCUCACCCAUGUCCUGGGUGCGCUAAUUCAUUUUGGUCAAAGUGAUCAUUACUUUGUGGAUGCGUUGGAGAAGCAUGUACCUACAGUGGCCUUCACCUCUCAUCCGGAGACAGUAUCUAAGGUGGCGCAGUUCUUUGGCCACAGGAACAUCCUGUCCCCUGCUGUCUUCGACGCUGUUGCUGAGAGCUUUAUGAACCGAGCAGACAGCUACAGCACCAGCCAAAUAACCAGGCAGAUUGCAGCUUUUGGGAAGCUGGGUUACCUCCCACCCAAUGCAAGCCAGUUGUUCGGGAAAGUGGAAACCAUCCUGCACACUCGUUUUUCACAAUUUCAGCCGGAAACGCUGCUCAACUUGCUGCACGCUUGCACCCUUGUGGGAAGGUUCCCUGUCAAUUUUUUAUCCAAAGUUUUUGUGAGUUAUUUCCUGCUGCAAAUUCAAGGUCAGGAUACAGUAAUUAAAGAGGCUGUUCUGGCACAGUUAACUCAGCUCUACAUGACGGUGAAGUUGGAAUGUCCCUUUUAUGAGGGUCCACACUUUCUUCCAAAGUAUCGUGUCAAAUCUUUCCUUACAUCUGGUCACUCUCUGGAGACACCAGUCAAUCCACAUCUGUACAACUCUGUCAAAGCAGGACUGGUGGAUUUACUCAGGGAUCCUUCAUACUUUGGAUCCAAAGUUCUGACGCCAUACUGUUAUACAAUCGAUGUGGAGAUAAAACUUGAUGAAGAGGGAUUUAUUUUGCCUGCCUGUCAAACUGAUGAUGUGUACAAAAGGAUGGCUCUUUGUAUUGACGGACAAAAGAGGUUCACUACAAACGUCACGCAGCUUCUUGGAAAAGAGGCCAUCAAGCAGCGACACCUGCGACUGCUGGGAUAUGAAGUUGUGCAGAUUCCUUUCUAUGAAUUUGAAAAACUGCACAACAAGACCAGUGUGGAAAUGUAUCUACACCAAAAGAUCUUCCCUCACACCUACAGGCUCAGCUGGUGAUGAGAAAAAUGAAGUUCGGGUUCUUAUCGUGUAAUAAAAUAAAUAUUUAUUUUU